AUGCCUGUGGGCGGCAGCAGCCCUUGCCACGUGUCGUGUGUGCCACGUGUCGUGGCUCACGGUGCCACCCCGUCGCUGUCUGUUACUCUGGGGAUCGCCUCGGGGAACUUCGGCUCGGAGAAAGACAGAUGCCAGUCACGACCAGAGUCACGACCAGAGUCACGACCAGAGUCACGACCAGAGUCACGACCAGAGUCACGACCAGAGUCACGACCAGAGUCACGACCAGAGUCACGACCAGAGUCACGACCAGAGUCACGACCAGAGUCACGACCAGAGUCACGACCAGAGUCACGACCAGAGUCACGACCAGAGUCACGACCAGAGUCACGACCAGAGUCACGACCAGAGUACACAGCCAAUGAUCCCCAUAUUGCUCGCGAGGGGGCGAGGAAAACGCUCAGUGGAAAACCCGCCCAGGUCGCGCACCGCCACUGGAUAUGCUCAGAUGAGGAGGCGGAGCAACGACCUCCAUGGGUGACGGCGACGGCGGCAUGA